AUGAAGCGCUCAUACAACUCGUCGAAUGCACCGCCGUCGCACCCGCAGAGUGCGCCGUACGGAGGCGGCUACGCGACCCACUCUGCUCCUCCCCUUCCUCCUGGUCCGCCUCCGCCUCCUCCUGGUCCUGGUCCGGCGCCUGACCCGUAUGCAGCGUACGGUUACGGGUCUGGAGUGAACCACGGGCAGCAGCAGGGUCAGCAGCAGCAGGUCAUGGCGUCGCAUCCUCAGUAUCCGGGGUACGGUUAUGGCACGGCCGCCGGACCGCCCACUUCGGCGGCGACGCCUUACUCGUCCGUCUCCGUCCCCGCCGACGCAAAUGCAGCUGCGACCGCGGCACAGUACGCCGCUUACUACGCCGCUUACGCUCAGCAAGCGAGUGCGGCAGCGGCAGCAGCGAAUGCGGCAGCCGGCUCGCCGUACCAAGCUGCGCAGAGCCCAUACGGCGCGGCAGGCGGUCCUCCCUUCGGCGCACCUGGUCCUCCCGGUCCAAGCGGUUCUCCCGGCGCACCUCCCUUCAAGCGAACUCGUUACGACCAGCCUCCCCUUCCUCCUUCUCAGCCUCCCCUCCCACCCGGUCCUCCUCCCGGCCCAGGCGGCGGUUACGGGAACGCCCCGAUGCCGCCCUCCAUCCUUCCUCCCAUCGGCGGCGCACCAGGCCGCGGUCCUCCUCCCCCUCGCGGCCCACCGAUGGGUCGCGGACCUCCACCACCUCGAGGCGGCGACCAAUACGGCCCGCGACCAGGGGGUGACAUGCCGUUUGGCCGCGACGGGCCUGGCAUGCGUGGCGGACCUCGAGGCGGACCUGGUCCUGGUCCUGGUCCUAAUCGAGGACCACCAGGGAUGGGACCCGGCCAGUUCGACGAUGGCAUGAGGGGCGGACCUGGAGGCUUCGGCGGACAAGGCCCGAUGACGCCUCUUCGUGGCGGUCCUGUCGGUCCUCGAGGCGGGAUGCGCGACGACCGCCGAGGAGGGCCUCCUCUCGGUCCAGGGAUCGGUCCGCGACCAGGAUCCGGGAUGGGACCGUCAGGUCCACGAGGAGGAAUGCCACCUAUGCCUGCUCCCAGCAACUUCAACGCACCGGCUGGACCGCGCGGACUGGGAGCUCCGAACGCUCCGAAGGGGCCGAAGGGCGCAAGUUCUCGUCCUAGCAGCGGAAGCGGCGGCACGAACGUCAGCGCGAACCAGCAGGCGGCUCGUCGCGAACGCAAGUGGGGCUCGACGCCUGGCGGGACCAGCAGCACCUCGAGCAAGAAGGACCGGCAUGCGACCGACGACCGCGGCGAGCGUGACGGCGAGAGCGCCAAGCGCACCCUUACCGACUUCCGUAUCGAAGGUCUCGCGAUUCCCGAGCUCGAGUGGGAGUGGCGUGCGGAGCGUAUCGAGCAGGAGAUGCGGCGCGCGGCUGAAGAGCUCGACAGGCAGGUCAAGGAGAAGGCUGAGAAGGAACGACAAGAGCAGGAGGCGAGCGAGGGAGGCGAGCCUGCCGAGCAGGAGGAAGAAGCGGGAGACAUGUCGGUCGACAUCGUCAACGCCGAAGACAUCCCUGCGCAACCUUCCGACCCAACUGCGACCGCUACUGUCGCUGCCGGCAAGCACCGCCGCGACGAAGACGACGACUCGGUCCAGCCGAACGGAGCAAGUGCCGAGGGUUCCGGCGGGGCUGAGGGUGCCGACGAGCUCGCGCACGCAAGCAAGCCGAAGAAGGUUCGCACCGGCGACGCCAGAUCCGAGGAUGGCGAGCCCGUCUCGCUCGACUCGCUGCAUCCGCCGGAGAAAGCGCCGGUCAAGGAGGCGAACGGCGACGACGAGGACGGUGAGCCGAUCAAGGAGGAGGCGCUGGAGCACGAAGGUGAAGAGGAGGAUGUCGACGGCGCACCAAUAGACUCGGCUCAGACGAACGGUGACGAGCCCGACCGGACGUCUGUCAAGGGCGACACUCGCUCGUCUCCAGCGCCUGCCCCCCCUCCGCCUCGCGAGAACUCCCGCCUCCGCAUCUACUUCUCCUCGCCCACAUCCAGCACGUCGAGCUACACCCAACCGAGCGGGUCUGUUCCGCCCCGCGCUUCGUCCGUCUCAGCCUCGGUCAAGUCCGCCUCGGUUCCGCCCCAGGCGUCUCAGCAGGUGGCCACCAGCGCCAUCGGCGGCCAAGUCGAGCCGGUCCCGACGCCGAGCGUACCUGCCGACUUGACGGGCGAACAGCUUGCGAAGCCUGUCGACGGAGCGGAGGUUAUGGACAAGAUUAAAGAGGUGGCUGAGAAGGAGCAGGCCGACCAAGGCACAAGCAUCGAGGGACAGGUUGUUGGCGACGCCGAAGGCGACGUGGCUGCCGAACAACAGCAGGAGCCUGUCGACGUCGAAGCGACGGAGGCGACUGCUGAAGCGAAGGAGGGUGCCGAGAACGAUGGAGAAGCCCUUGUCGACGUGCAGUCGGAGGUACAGAAACCGUCGGAGCUCGAGCAACUUCAAGAAGCGGGCGACGCCGCGACCAGCCAAGCUGAGCCUCAAUCGAAGGAGGAGCUCCCGACGACCGCCGCCCAAGAACCCGUACGCGCACCAUCUGCCGCUCCUUCGGCUGCCCCUUCCACCGUCGAACCCGUUCUCGUUCCCCCCGAGCCCGCCGCCGACCGCAUCUCCAUCUCGUAUGCCCGCAAUACCCGCCGCAUGCUCCUCGACGCCGAUGUUAUCGACGAGGUCAAGAUCAAGCGCGGCGAUGGCAAGAUUGAGCUUACGCUGCGCUGCAAGCCGGCUGUGCUCGGUGAGGGUGAGCGGCAGAUCGAGGACGAGUUCCGAGUGCUCAAGGGUGUCUUGGUCGAAGCGCUCGAUGUCGAGGCCGACGACUACGUCAUCAUGGACCGAACGGCGCUCACCCACUCUUGGGAGCCAUCCCCCGAGUCCGAAGAAGAGCACGAACUCGACCCGCUUCUCCCGCCCCUGCAUCGUCUUCUCACGACCUCCGACGCGACGACCGAUUCCGCCGCGACUUUCUCGCGUGACACUAUCACGAUCGUCGCACAACUCGACCGCCUCAACCCGCUCACCGAAGCGAGGUGGGUCAAGACGGGCGACGUCGACAACUGGAUCGUCAGUCUCGGCAUCUCGAGCGGUGCGAACCCGAAGGAGACGGACAAGUUGAGCGAGUGGAGGCACAAGAUCAAGGUCGUCGACCCGGAUCCUCCUCCUACCAUCCAGAACGCCCUCGAGUCCUGGGCGGCGAGCUCGAGCGUCGGCUCUCGCAAGGAGCGCGACGAGUUCGUCAAGACGCACAUGUCCAAAAUCGACAACGUCGUCGAGAUUCUCCUGCGCUUGACGCGUGGCGACCGUGCUGGUCCUUCGCACUACUCGUCUACGGCGCAGCCACCGACCGUCGGCGCGCUCGCAGCUACCCUGUCCGCUCCGUUCCCAGACCAACAGACCCAAGUCAGUCUCGCGGUGCUAGCCAUGUUCCGUCUCUCGAUGUCGACGGCCGAGAAGGCUGGCAUCCCGAAGGAGGAGAUUGAGCGCCAGGUCGGCGAGAUCAUCCGUGGCAUUCCUGCGCAUCUGCAGUUCAAGGCUGUCGAUGGGAUCUUCCGCGAGGUCGUCAAGGGCCACAAGGGCGGGUCGGGAGGAGGAGGGCGGGGGAAGAAGGGUGGGAGGAGGGACUGA